AUGGUCAAUGCUACAGGCGAAAACGGAUGUUGCGAUGCAACAUCUGAAUUAUCAACAUUGACUCCUGAAGAAGGAGCUAAGAACGUUUCAUCGUCAAAACUAGGUAUAUGUGGUCUGGAUAUUCCUCCAGAGGGCGAAGGUGACGGAGCUGAUGUCCCUUCUCCGGUCGGCUCUGAAUGUUGGCGAAAUCCGAAUUCAUCGGAUGCUUUGAUGAGGAUGGAGGCAAUGUUCAGUGCUGGUGCAACACCUGUCGAUGUUAUCAAAGCUUUGUAUCCACGAAUGAAGGAACCUCCGGAGGGCUGGACAGAACACUUGAUCAUGUCAAUUCUUGCGGAAAUAUUGGAUCGCCCACCUACAAGGAGUAAACUUACACAGUACAACACAUUCGAGGAUGCUGUGGAGCUCUUCAAAACUCGCAAGCGGAUACUGAUUUUGACCGGUGCUGGAGUUUCUGUCUCCUGCGGCAUUCCAGACUUUCGCAGCAAAGAUGGUAUUUAUGCUCGUUUGCAUGUCGACUUUCCUGAUCUUCCUGACCCUACAGCGAUGUUUGACAUCCGUUAUUUCAGUCACAAUCCGGCUCCGUUCUAUGAUUUUGCUUCGGAAAUCUUUCCUGGCCAAUUUGAACCAUCGAUAUCUCACAAAUUCAUUCGCCAGCUAGAAGUGAACAACCAACUUUUGAGAAACUACACCCAAAAUAUUGAUACAUUGGAGAAACAGGCGAAGAUUGAAAGAGUCGUCGAAUGUCAUGGUUCUUUCUCUAAAGCGACAUGUUUGAAAUGUUUUGCCAAAUUCGAUGGUGAUGUAAUUAAGGACGACGUCUUGGCUAAGCGAGUGCCGCAUUGCCCUAAGUGUAUGGAUGGAAUUAUCAAGCCCGAUAUAGUAUUCUUUGGCGAGGAACUCGGUAAUUUUCAUACCAAAUGGCUGCUGAUAAAGAUGAACUCGAUCUGCUCGUGGUUAUUGGAUCUUCGCGUAAAAGUGAGAACAGCUAUCGACUUUACUUCCGCUUCCGUGGUCGAUCCAAACAGUCCUCAGAUCCUGAUCAAUUCGCUGCCUGGUGCAAUCUGCGGAAGUGAUGAAAUUAUUGAAGACAUCUGCAUAGCUCUUGGCGGGCCUUUCGUCGAAAUGCUGGAGGCUCACCAAAAUAAGGUGAAUGGGCACAGGGGCUCCGAAACAAAUGGGCAUUCUUGUCAUGCAGAGGUACAUCAGUCCACAAACACCGUGACAAUGUCGAAGAGGAAAAGAAGGCGGAUUGCAGAGAAGCAGGAAUUUCUCCAGAUCAUGAAACAGCUUGAAAUAUCUGAGAGCUCUGAAAAGAAUGGCGAUAUGGAGUACAGUACGGAGGUGAAGCGACCUAGAUUGGAAGAUAUGUACCAGCGACGGUACAUACCAGUGGCCAAGCAUCUUCCAGAACACACAUAUUUCCAGAUAUCAUCUAACAGAGCAAUAUUCCCUGGUGCCGAGCUGUAUUACGAUCUCGAAACAGGUGCUGUGUGUCAACCCACCAGUUACCGGUAA